GAAACAACUUACAAGAAUGUGAUGGACCAGUUUAACCCCAGCUUGAGGAACCUGGUCAACUUGGGGAAAAGCUAUGAGAAGUCGGUCACAGGCAUGACCGUCGCUGGAAAGGCUUAUUUUGAUGCCAUCACGAAAAUAGGAGAAAAUGCUACUAUGUCUCCAGUAUCAAGGGAACUUGGUAUGGUUCUGAUGGAGAUGGCUGAUGUCCACAAAAAGAUCCAUUUUGAGCUGGAGCAAAAUUUCAAGCGAUUCCACCGAGAUGUUCUUACUGAGCUGGAAAAAAAGACAGAAAUGGAUGUGAAGUACAUGAAUGCAACAUUCAAGCGCUACCAAUCAGAACACAAGGUGAAGCAGGACUCCCUGGACCGCUCGCAGACUGACCUAAAAAAGUUGAGGAGGAAGAGCCAGGGCAAGAAUGUGUCAAAAUAUGAGAUCAAGGAGAAUGAGUACAUGGAGACCAUCUCAUCGCGCCAGAUGGACAUGCAGAAGUUCAUCGCCGACGGCUGCAGAGAGGCUCUGCUGGAAGAAAAACGCCGCUUCUGUUUCCUGGCUGACAAACACUGCAUGUUCUCAUAUCACAUUAGCAACUUCCACGAUAAAGCAAAAGAGAUGCUGAAUGAAAAGCUCCCCAACUGGCAGGAGAUGUGCUGCGAUAUCAGUAAAGUUCCAGACACGGUCAAGCACAUGAUAGACGGACUGUCUAUCAAUCCAGAGCAAUCGAUGCUUCCUGAUCGUUAUAGGAACAGCGUUGAGUCAGUGAUGAUGCCCCCUGCUCCCCCACUGAAGGCGCACACUAGCCCACUCGCAAACAUGUUUAACCCCGAGCCCAGAUCUCCAAUCACUUCCUCUUUAGAGACUCACUCAGACCAGAGCAGCCUCGGCGAGGAUAGUCCAUCCAGACUUACCUCCCAGAUUUCGGGUAUUCAUAUGACCAGAAAUCGGCGGGUCAGGACUGUCUUUCCACACUCGGGGGGAAUCAACAGCACUCUCCUCAGUUUUGAUGAGGGCGACAUGAUCACCUUGCUCAUCAAAGAAGAGAAGGAUGGGUGGCUUUAUGGUGAGCUGGAGAAGAGCCGACAACGUGGUUGGUUCCCCUCAUCCUACUGCAGACCAUUCGCUGAGCCUCUCAUAUCAAAUAGCAGCAAUUUGGAGACACCAGAACGAAGUCCAAGUGUGACCAGUCUGACCGAGCUGGAUGAGGACGAGCCUGUGUUGCUGCCACCCCCAGACUACUCGGACGACUACGCCUCGAGAACUGUGAUCCCAUCAAUGCCAUCGGCAAAGAAUGCGGUUUCUUUAGUGAAUGGGACAGGAAAGGCUCCUUUUCUUGGAGGAGGAAAUCCUUUCGCGACAGUCAAGCUGAGACCCACUGUCACCAAUGAUCGAUCUGCACCAGUCAUCUGA